AUGGAGCAUUCACGCACUACUCAUGGUGGCAGGCUGAUUUUGUUUACAUUCCUUCAUGGGCUCAUUCGUUUAUGCAUGAGCACACCUUCGAAUUCUGCAACUCUACCCAGUGGUAUUACUUUUGGAAAUGAAACUGAUCGGCUGGCGCUGCUGGACUUGAAGAAAAGAAUCACUCAAGAUCCUCUCCAUCUCAUGAGCUCAUGGAAUGAUUCCAUUCAUUUCUGCAGUUGGGUUGGCGUUGCAUGUUCCAAUAAAAGAGUCGUAAUUUUGAACCUGAGUUCUCAAAAACUGGUAGGCUCCUUACCACCUUCUAUUGGAAAUCUUACUCAACUUACUAGAAUCAACCUAGACAACAAUAGUUUUCAUGGUGAAAUUCCUCAAGAAAUGGGUCGUCUACGAAGCCUGCAAUAUCUCACCCUGUCUCGAAAUUCUUUCGGCGGGAAGAUUCCAACUAAUAUAUCUCACUGUACACAACUAAGGAAGCUUGAUGUAACUUUCAAUGAGCUUAUAGGGUCCAUUCCGAACCAGUUAAGUUCAUUGUUGAAUUUAAAUUAUCUAUCCGUUGCUGCUAACAAUCUCACCGGAGCAAUCCCAGGUUGGAUAGGAAACUUCUCUUCUUUGCAUGACCUUUAUCUUGGCCUAAACAAUUUUCAUGGAAGCAUACCAAAUGAGCUCGGGGGUCUAACAGCCUUGCAGAAUAUCUCACUGCCGGGAAAUAAUCUGUCUGGUAAGGUCCCUUCUUCAAUCUAUAACAUUUCUUCAAUAUACCUUUUCAGUGUUGCUGUAAAUCAGCUACAUGGAGAGCUACCACCAAAUCUCGGCAUUAAUCUUCCUAAUCUCGGAGAAUUUUACGGUGGUGCCAACAAAUUCACAGGAACUAUUCCUGCAUCAUUGUCAAAUUCUUCCAGACUCAGGAAGCUUGAUUUUAGUGAAAAUGGUCUCACUGGGACACUCCCUGCUGAAAAUCUUGGCAGCUUGCAAAGCUUAGUUUGGAUGACCUUUGGUAGAAAUUGGCUGACAAGUGAGAGUGGCAACUUGAAUUUUCUCAGCUUCCUGGCUAAUUGUACUAGCCUAGAGGUCUUGGGUCUUCACACUAAUCUAUUCCAAGGAGAGUUGCCAAGAUCUAUAACCAACCUUUCUAGCCAACUAAAAUAUCUUUAUUUGGCCAGAAAUUUGAUACACGGAAGAAUACCUGAUGACAUCGGAAAACUCAAAAACUUGAGUCUUUUGGGGGUGGAACAGAACAAUUUGAGUGGUACAAUCCCUAAUGGAAUUGGAAAGCUUCAAAAGUUAGAGGAACUGAAUUUGAAUAGUAAUAAAUUUUCUGGACCGAUACCUUCUUCCCUAGGUGACUUGACUUCAUUGACAAAGCUCUUCAUGUUCAACAACAGGUUUGAGGGAAGUAUACCUCAAAGUCUUGGAAACUGCCAAAGUCUACUCGUACUUGACCUUUCUAAUAACAAUCUGACAGGCACCAUACCCAGAGAGCUUGUCGGCAUUUCAUCCCUUUCACUUUAUUUGAGACUGUUUAACAAUUUUUUGACUGGUCCAUUACCAUUUCAAGUGAGUGAUUUGGUAAAUCUUGUAGAGCUAGAUGUCUCGGGAAAUAAGUUAUCCGGUGAAAUCCCCACAACUCUUGGCAGUUGUAUUAUGUUGCGGUGGCUUCACUUGGAACGAAAUAAUUUUGAAGGAACAGUUCCUCAAUCUCUUAAAAGUUUAACAAGUUUGGAAGAAAUAGAUAUGUCACGCAACAACUUAUCAGGGCAGAUUCCAGAAUUUCUGGGCAAGUUUCCGUUUCUUCACUAUCUCAAUCUUUCUUAUAAUGAUUUUGAGGGUGAAUUGCCUAAAGAAGGGAUCUUUUCAAAUGCAAGUGGUCUCUCAAUUAUUGGAAACAAUAGGCUCUGUGGUGGCCUCCCAAAAUUACGUCUACAUGCAUGCUCCAUCAAAAAGUCCCAUUCAACUCAACGACUACUUGCCCUAAAGGUAGUCAUCCCUGUAGCUUGUGCACUUGCCUUCAUAAUUGCUCUGUCAUGCUUCAUUCUUGUUCGUUCAAAGGUCAAGAAGUCGAGAGGUUCCCUUGCAACUUCACAUUCUUAUCAAGGUUGGAAAUCAGAUUUAUCUUACUUAGAACUCGUUCAAUCAACUGACGGGUUCUCAGUCGAGAAACUGAUUGGUUCGGGAAGUUUUGGUUCUGUUUACAAAGGAGUACUUCCUAGUGAUGAGAGAGUAGUUGCUGUUAAGGUAUUAAACCUUCAACAACCAGGAGCUUUCAAGAGUUUCAUUGAUGAAUGCAAAGCUUUAAAAAGUAUAAGGCAUCGUAAUCUUCUCAAGAUCAUAACUGCAUGCUCAAGCAUUGAUAAUCAGGGUAAUGACUUCAAAAGUCUAGUUUUCGAGUUCAUGGAAAAUGGAAGUCUAGACUCAUGGCUGCAUCCUAAAGAUGAUGAACAAUAUCAAAGUAAGAGAUUAAGCCUUACCCAAAGACUCAAUAUUGCGAUUGACGUUGCUUCUGCUUUAGAAUAUCUCCACUACCAUUGUGAAAAGACCAUUGUUCAUUGUGAUCUAAAGCCAAGCAAUGUUCUUCUUGGUGAAGAUAUGGUUGCCCAUGUUGGCGACUUUGGUUUAGCAAGGCUGCUCUUGGAAGCAUCAGAUAAUUCCUCCCAAAGUCUAACCUUGUCAGCUGGGCUAAAGGGUUCCAUAGGGUACAUUCCUCCAGAGUAUGGCAUGGGAGGCCAAGUUUCCAUCCUCGGAGAUAUUUAUAGCUUUGGAAUACUGUUGCUAGAAAUGUUCACAGGAAAAAGACCUACAGAUGGCAUUUUUGGAGAUGGUAUGACCAUUCACCAAUUCACAGCCAUGGCAAUGCCUGACCAUGCCAUGGACAUAGUUGACCAUUCAUUGCUCAUUGAAAGAGAUUAUGCAGAUGGUGAUGAUGAAAGAUACAAAAAUGACAUAGGCUACCAAGAUGAAAGCCCUAUCCUUGAAACAAGAUUGGAGGAGUGUUUGGUUUCAGUGAUGCGGAUAGGACUCUCAUGCUCUGCAAUAUUACCAGCUGAGCGGAUGCAUAUGGAUGUUGUUGUCAACAAAAUGAAGGAUACUAGAGACUCGUAUCUCAAUUUGAGAAGAAGAAGAAGCUAG